UUGAGUCACCAUCCCUGGAUGUGUUUAAAAACUGUUUGGAUGUGGUGCUCAGGGACAUGAUUUAGCAGAGGGCUGUUAGUUAGGGUAGGAUGGUCAGGUUGUGGUUGGACUUGGUGAUCAUUAAGGUGUGUUCUAACCUGAGCAAUUCUAUGAUUCUAUGAAAAACAUAUCAGGCAGGAAAUGUUGGAAUUAUUAAGGGAAAAAGAGGGACUGCGGCAGAGAGCGUAGUGUGGGAGAAGAGAGGAAUGAGGGUUGAUGAAUACAGGGAAGCUCUGCUAAGGGACAGAAGCCAGCGGCUGAGGGGGAGCAGCCCACACAUGGCUGUGGAGUGGUGGGGCUGUAUGAGGUGGGGUCACACAUCAGUUCCUUCCCGUGCGAUAAGUGCCUGCAUCUAGUGGAUCCAGUAGCCAUGUUCACUGCAAGAAGAGGUCGGGUUUCAUAACGUGGAACUUGCUGCUGUGGGACAUUAUAGAUCACUUUAUGUGUAUUUAAGGAUACUGGUAAGGGUCUGUUAGAGAACUGCAUUCCCAGAAUAAAUCACUUCAGCCAGAAAUGCCCUUCAUGGAGAAAGAUUAUAGACUGGGAGAAGGCAGAGUGGGUCAUUGUCACCUCUGCUUACUUGCCGUAGUCUCACUCUUUCCAGGACAGCUGGUUCUGGCUGUCUUCAAGAUACUUCAAGAACUGCCAGCAUCAACCCUUGUCUGAACUAGUGAAGCUUCUCUUUUGAACCUCUUGUUGUGGAUGUUAAUGAAAGUUCUUCAGAGAUCCCAAAAUUGAGCUGUUUUUGGACUGUGAAUGCCUCAGGUUCACAUCAUCUUGUCCCUCCUUCCUUCCCAGUUCCGUUUUGUAUGCAGAUUUAAAGAUCUGAACACUUCAGAGGAGAGGUCUUUCUGUGUCAGGGUAAUUUCUGUUUGGAGCAGGACCGCUGAGAGAAGUCUGCUUGGCUGCCUGCUGCUGGUGGAGACCUGGGCCUUGGAUCCUUGCAUUCAGCGGCUGGAACAUGAACAGAGCCCCUUGCUUUUCAGGAAAAUGGAUGAUGAUGAUGAUGACGUUCCCCAGCUGUCAUCCCAUACAUUGGCUGCCCUCCAGGAGUUCUAUUUGGAACAGCAGCAGAGAGAGGGCAUGAAGACCUCCCAGGGGUUUAAUCAAUAUUCUGUUGGCUCAAUAGAAGAAGACUGGCAACUGAGCCAGUUUUGGUACAGUGAUGAGACUGCAUCGUGCCUGGCUAAUGAAGCGAUUGUGGCAGCAGGAAAAGGUGGCAGGAUAGCCUGUGUCAGUGCACCCAGUGUGUACCAGAAGCUGAAAGAACAGGAUGGCACAGAUUUUUCCGUGUGUAUCCUGGAGUAUGACAGAAGGUUUUCUGUGUAUGGAGAAGAAUUUAUCUUCUAUGAUUACAACAACCCUUUGAACUUACCUGAACAUCUCCUGCCGCACAGUUUUGACAUUGUGGUAGCAGAUCCACCCUAUCUGUCCGAGGAGUGUCUGCAAAAAACUGCAGAGACCAUCAAAUACUUAACAAAAGGAAAGAUUCUGCUUUGCACAGGUGCAAUCAUGGAGGAACAGGCAGCAAAGCAUCUUGGUGUGAAGAUAUGCAAGUUUAUUCCAAAACACUCUCGGAACCUGGCUAAUGAAUUUCGAUGUUAUGUGAACUAUGCUUCUGGACUGCACUGAUUCUUGGGAGAAGAUCUGGAACUUUCUCAGAAGAUCUGGAACUUUUUCAAUCAAGUUACUUUGUAUUUUUUCUCAGUGACUCACAAUGCUGAAACAUUCCACUCCAAGCAGUAUUUUCUGGGCUAGAAGUAAUCAACACAAGAUGAUAGUGUUUCUCUUUUAAAUGUGUAAGCAUUUGCAAGUAUUGUUUACCUUACUUGUUAGGUAAGUAGGGACACAAACAGCGCAGGUUCUGCAUAAUGGAAACUUCUUCGUUAGAGUUCCAUUCCAACCAGUAUUUUUACCAUUGGAGUACUUCUCUGUGACCUUUCUGAAGUGAUUUUAGCUGGGUGGCCUCUAACGCCACGUAGGUGCUUGCCUGACACACAUCAGAUCUGUCAGCUGUGUCAGCCUGCUGACUUGGUAGCUAGCGGAUGAUUGAAAGAGCGUGAAUGUUGGUCUCCCCUUUCAGAGCUGUUUGUUCUGAACAUGAUGUGUUCAGACUCAUUAUCCAGCAAGCUGAUGUUUUUGUAAAGAAUAACUAAAGGGAAAACGCAUCUCCUUCUGGGUAGGUCUCUCCCCUUGCUUUUUAGAAUAAUCAAAGAUUUGCCAACUAAGCUAAGACCUGCUAUCUAUUAUUGUCACCAGAGUGGCUUUAAAAAAAAAAAAAGCAGAGGUUGUUUCACCUUUUAUAAAGGGUUUUCAAAAAUCCAGACUUUGUUUUUGUAGAAGAUGAGAUCUAUUUUGUCAGCAGUUGUCACCAUGUAAACUUGCAUACGUGUGUCGUGCUUGAAAAAAGUCAUGUUAAACAUCUCUUUGCAGCAGUACAGUGCAUUUAUUUUGCAAUACAGAAUAAACAUGAGCAACAAAAACUGAUUAACUUGAAAAACAAACAAGAAAUACCCAACUAGACUUUUGUAUUCACUAGCUAAGCUUAUCUCUAAAUGUUGGUAUAAACCUCACGUCUCCUUGAGAAAACCAUAAUAAAGAUUCACCCCCUAGACAGAGCUUUACUUUCAAUAAGAAUGCUGCAUGUAAGUCAGGUAAAAUCAGCUUAAAAUACGAAGUAAUUAAUAAAAAUGCCACACAUCA